AUGGCUUCCGCCACUUACAUCGCAGCGCUGCUGACGCGCCUGCGCAGUGGUGACGGUCGUCAGGCAGUGCAGGCUGCCAGGACGCUGGUUGACCUCUGUGUCGACAGCGAUGACAACCGGGCAGCCAUCGUAGCGGCCGGCGGCAUUCCAGCGCUGGCUAAGCUCAUCCGCAGCAGCGAUGCUAGCGAGGAUUUUCUGCAGGCCGCAGCCAGGCUGCUGCACAACCUUUCUGCCCACAGCCCUGCCAAUGCCAUUGCAGCAGUUGGCGGCAUUCCUGCAGUGGUUCAGCUCCUGCGUAGCACCGACAGCGAGGAGCUGCAGAUUGCAGCAGCCCAAGCGCUUGGCUGCCUCUCUGUGGACAACCCUGGCAACAAGGCAGCCAUCGGCGCGGCCGGCGCCAUCCCUCUGCUGGUGCAGCUUCUGCGCAGCACCGCCAGCGAGGAGGUGCAGGUGAACGCAGCCAAAGCGCUUGGCUACCUUUCUGUGGACAGCCCCGAUAGCAGCGCAGCCAUUGCAGCAGCAGGCGGCAUCGCUGCUCUGCAGCAGCUGCUCUACGGCACCCCAAGCGAGGCGGACGCAAGGCAGCAUUCCAGCCCCUUCCGCCAGCUGAACCUGUCCCGAGUCGGCGAAGACGCGCGCGCGGCACCGGUGGCACCCAACCAGCGGCCGGCGCUGCGCAAUUUUGCGCAGCUCCGGAAGGCGCAGCGCGAGCAGCAUCUCUCCGUUCCGUCUCGUGCGGCCGACGUGCCGGCUGCUGCGGCGGGGGAGCAGACCAGGAGGCGCCAGCCGGCACGCCCGCAGCGCGAGGAUGGGCCUGCCGGCCUGCUGCCUGCAGACCCUGGCCCUGCCAACACCGCCGCUGCUGGCGCCCCUGCCGCGGCUGCACCCUUGAUGUGGAAGGAUGCGGAUGAGCACCCGCAGGUGCCCGCCGGCGGCGCCGCCGACGGCCUGGCGUCUGGCAUGGCGGACCUGCGCAUCGCCCGCGGCAUGACCAAGGCCGAACGCCAGCAGCAGCCCGCCCAGUCCAGCAGCCGUCAGGCUGUCACCAUCAGCAGGUCUUGGGUGCAGACAGGGCCCGAGGCGCCGGCAGGGCUGGGCGCCGAUGCAACAUACCAGCAGCUGCAGCAGCCCCGUCAGGCGCCGCAGCUGCUUUCCCAGCAGCGUGCACUGGCAGCAGCAGCGGGGGAGGCUGCGGGCGGGGCGGCUGGCAUUGGAGCGGCGGUUCUGGCGCAGGGCGAGCGCCAGUCUGCUGCCUACUGGAACGCCAUGCGGGGAGCCAGCUGGACCGAAGUCGGCUGGCAGAACAUCCUGCCUGUGCGCCUGGACGGGCAGAAGGACCCCAGCACCCACCUCGUGCUGGCGGAGGUGGUACGGGGCGGGGACGAGGACAGCACCGACCUGCGCUUCUCCAUGAAGGCGCAGGGGGCGGCUUUGGUGGCCUGCCUCACAUGCGGCCGCGUGCGGGGCGAGCGCUGGCAGCCCGUGAAGCCCUCACGCUGCCGCCAGGCACCGUCUGCGGCUCUGCCGGCGGCAGAGGUGGAAGGGAGAGGGGGUUCAUAA